UGCUUGUUAUUUUUUUUUUACGGCUGGUUUGUCAUAUUUUCUUCCUGUAAUUUGUGGCCGUCUGUGCAAAAGAGAGUGUAUCAGUGCGAACCUGCAUUCUCUUGAAUGCUUUCUAAAAACCGGAGGAAAAUAGAACAAACAAAAUAUAAUUUCUGCUCAUGGCUACCCCGGAGGAAUUUGAGGAAGCGGUUCCUGCAACGCCAAUAUACAGCUGCAAAGGUUGCAGUAAGACAUUUCCUUGUAAGCGUGAUCAAUUGUUGCACAAAAAACAAGUGCACUCGCAGAAUAAAUCAGCGUUUCAAUGCAAGCUAUGCGGAAAAUUCUUUUGUAAUAGUGGCAACUUGGAGCGCCACAUGAAGGUACACAAUAAUGUUCGUCCGUUUGUAUGUCGUAUAUGUGGUAAGGCGUUUGCUCAAUCGGUAAACUUGACUCGUCACUAUUCAGUGCAUAAUGGUGAGCGUCCGUAUCAAUGUAAUUUUUGCACUAAAACCUUUACACAGCAAAGUAACAUGACACGCCACCAACUAACACAUACCGGAGAGAAACCAUUCCGUUGCAAACGUUGUGGUCGUUACUUUUCACAACGUGUCAAUCUCAAAAAGCAUAUAAUGGGCCAUUUGAAUGCUAAACCUUAUGCCUGCAAAAUCUGCCAGAAAGCUUUCAUACAAAUGGGUAAUUUUAAAAAGCAUUUGUUAACUCAUAUAAAAGACGGAGUUGACAUCGACAUGAAGGCUACUCUUGCCGAAGCUCAAGCGCAGGCUCAUCAAUGUUUGGAAUUAGCUGAUGAUCAACCAGUCGGUUUUGAAUGUGCUGUCUGUCGUUCGGUUUUUAAUAAUUUUACCGAGUUUGAAAUGCAUGAAAACGGAUGCAAUUCCCAAAAUAUUGAUGAUAUCGAUGGAGAACACGUUACUCACGAAGUAGUCGUACAGGAUAUUGAAGAACAAGUUGAAGAACAUGUUAUAACAUCAAUAGAAGAACAGAAUCAAUUUGCUCCCCUAAAGUAUAGUGUCUCUCAAUUGGAUACUCAUGAAAUUAUAAUUGAAACAAGUCGAUAAAAGUUUCCAUGAUAACUAUAAUGAAGUAAUAUUAAGUAUGCUAAAGGGUCAGAUCAGGUUUGGAAAUUAACAAGAAAAGAAAAAGAAACGGUGAAGCCAAAGUGGUAAAUUUCAUAAUGAUUAAUAAUUACCGUAUGUCUUUACUUUAGUUCAAAUAUCGAGUAAACUCACACACAUACACAUACACGGAUUUACAUAAAUACGUAAAACAUUACCAGAUAAUUAUAAAUAAAAAAAAAAAGAAAAUAUGGAGUUAAUAAGAAUAUAAUUGUGAAAGCAGAAUUAUG